GCCACUAAUAACCACAAUAAAAAUGUAUCAUUUAAUUUGGUGACGUGAUAUGGACAUAAUAUUAGGUUACAGCUGAUCCAAUCUCUAGCAAUUGAGUGCCAUUUCCCACAGAAAGACUGAUGACAUGUAUUGAAUGCAAAAUUGGAAACCAGAUGAGUGGGGCGUCUCUCAGAAGUCCUGUUUUCAGCUUGUAGGUCUCUCUUAGUGCAGUGCAUUCAAUGCAGCACUGAUCAUGUGUUCGUUGCUUCCAAAUCAGGAUAUUAGGUGGUACCUCUCAUUAGCCAAUCAAACGGAGUCUUCUCUCUGAAGAGUGGAGAAGGUGUCAUCGUUCAUUUCAUUCAUCACGGCAUUUUGAGCACGAUGGCAGCUCUGAGGUUUACUCUGUAUCUGAUUUAUCUGUUCUUGGGAAGAAUAGCGCAGACGACUAAUCUGGAAUCGCCCGUAUAUGUGCGUCAAGAUAGUGGUUUUUUAUCAGCUAAUGUUGGUGAAAACGUGAUUAUGCGAUGUUUCUAUCAAGGUGAUGCUAUGAUGUUUUACUGGUAUAAGCAAACUCUGGGACAGAAUCCAAGGCUUGUCUCUACCUACUAUAAACAUGAAAUAAGUGGCACCUUUCUAAAUGAAUUCAAGAACAAUUCUCGCUUCUCACUAGAAACAGGAAACGGAAAUUAUCACUUAAUAAUCUCCAAUUUACACAUUUCAGACUCAGCAACUUACUACUGCGCAGGUUGCUAUGCAUAUGACUUAGAAUUUGCAGAGGGUGUUACUGUCAGUGUAGAGGGUUCAGGUUUGAAGAUCCCAGCUUCAGUCCAUCAGUCAGCAUCUGAGACCAUCCAGCCAGGACGCUCUGAGACUCUGAACUGUACAGUACACACUGGGACCUGUGAUGGAGAACACAGUGUUUACUGGUUCAAAACCUCUAAAGAAUCUCAUCCAGGACUCAUUUACACCCAUGGAGUCAGCAAUGAUCAGUGUGAGAGGAAACCCAACAACCAAACACACACCUGUGUGUACAACUUGCCAAUGCAGAGCCUGAAUCUUUCUCAUGCUGGGACCUACUGUGCUGUUGCCUCAUGUGGACACAUACUGUUUGGAGAGGAUAAAAAGUUGGACGUAAAGCAUAAGGUGCACUCUUUGGUGUAUUUCUUGACUGGAGCUUUGGCAUUCACCACCACCCUGGUUGUUUUACUGGCGUAUGCAGCGUAUACAAUGAACAACAGAACCAGCUGCCAGUGUAAAGACUCAAGAUCUUCAGCUGCCUCGACUCCAAAUGCAGCGGAUUCCAGCGAUUCAGACAACCUCCAUUACGCUGCUUUGAAGGCACACAAGGUCAACAGAUCAACGAGACUGAGGAAUGACGUGCAAAGUGAAUGUGUGUACUCCGGAGUAAGGCAGUAGGAGCUGGAGAUAUUUCAUUUGUACUUUACUUCCGCGUAAGAAGAAUGUGUCUAUCAAACUAAAUAAUGUGAUUUAUUUCUAAACUAGGAACAUUGCUGUCAGAUUUCACCUCAGUAUACUGAAUGUAAAGUUUUUCUUUUCCAUAAACUAAUAAAACAUUGCAAGAAACCAA